UUGAACUUGAACUUCAUCUGCUCAGUGUAACUAACUCACUGCCCUAUCCCCCUUCUCGAUCUUACACAAUGUCGGGAACGGGCGACUCGCAGCAAGAAUGGCACGCCAUACGACCCUGGGCUCCCCCUUUGUCACUAUCCGUCCGCGAAAUAUCCUCCGUCUCCGCCACCUUCAUCCUCUCCUCAUCCCUGCACGACGUCGAUGACCAUUUAGCUCUGGAAGCCGAGGCUCAUGAUGGUGACGCCGAGGCAGGCAACGCGCCCUCGACAAGCGCCAUCAUUUCCGAUGUGCUGGCGAAGGGCUUGUCGGUAAACGUUAACGAAGCGCCAUGGCAGCGCGUGCUUAUACGAAUCGACGACAAGGUGGACGAGGCGGUCAUCAUCAUCUAUGGUUUGAUGCCUGGGCGGCAGUAUGACAUUGACCUGGGCCUGGUGCAGGGGAGCGAGAGCAAUGUUAUAAGGCGGCAGGUUAUCACAGAAGACUUCGAGUUCCCUAAAGUUGACGAAGCGACGAUAGAGGACGAUGGCUCGUCCUCCUCGUCUGAUCAAGGCGCCCCAUCCACCCCCUCCUCCUCAUCCGUCUCUGCCGGCCGCCCCGCAGUCGCCAACGGCUCGCCCCCAAGCAGCGUCGCCUCCUCAUUCACCAUGGAAGACCGGCUAGCGCAGGUGGAGCAGACCCUGUCCGCCCUCAUGUCCGAGAAGGAGACCCUGACCCAGGCGCUCAAGUCCGCGAGGCGAGAUGCGCAAAAGACCGAUGCGGCCCUGCGGUCCGAGAUUGACGCACUCAAGCGCGCGUCGGAGAAGAACUCGGUGGCGGAGCAGCGGGCGCGGCAGCGCGUGCUUGCUUUGCAAGAGUCGGUCAAGCGCGCGAAUGCGGCGAGGGAGGAGCUGGAAGAGGAGGCGGCUGCGUUGGAGGAGUCUCUUCCGGGGUUGGAGAGGACACGAAGUGAACGGGAGGCGAAGCACCGCGAACUCAAGCGAUCGGCAGACCAGGCUCGCAAAGCGCGCGAACGCUCAGAGGAGAAAGCGCGGAAGAAGACGGCAGCGAUGGAGAGCGAGCUCGCCGCGCUCGACACGCGCGCGGAGCGCCUGCAAGCGAAGCGCACCAAGCUCGAAGGCACUGUCCUUCCCGACCUGGAAGAGCAACUUCGCGAACUCGAGCGCGAGCUUCAGCGUGCGGAGAUGGAGGAGCUGUACGGUGGCGAGCUCGACGAGCCGCUCGACACCGAUGUCACCGAGUUCGGCGAGGUCUUCGCGAACCCCUUGUUCCCGCCGCGCCAGCCGCCGACCCGAGCACCUUCAUACCCGCCGCUCGGCGGAAGUGACACACCACCAUCGGCAUCACCACUUCCACCACCACUCACAUCCCAAUGGAGGCAAAGGUGGAAGAAGCGGGGCGCCAUUGCACAAUACGACACCGCCAUCAGGACCUUUGCUAUCAUCUGGCUCGAGCUCGAGUUCGCAUAUACCGACGACAGGAGCGAGUACAACAACACCGCCGACGAGGAAUUCGGGAUCGACGCUGUCGAGUGCUGCGCCACCUUUUGA